CCGAGCUAAAAGGCAGUGCAAAUUUUGAGAGGCGGGUAAGGGCAAAGCGCGCCAUGACCGUAAUACUAUGAUUCUUCAUACAAACUCUGAUGACGAUUGCAUCCCUCCGAGCCCGCAACACCCACUUCUUCUCUCGCUUCAAGCUCCUACUCAACCACCAACAUAGACUCGCCCACGCUUUCUCCGAAUGCCCACAGUCCCGGCCCAAAAUGGUCCCCGAGUCCGUUGCAGAAGCGGGGUUUGUUGACAUGUCGAAAUGGAGGAAGAUUGAUUCCAGGGAGUUUGGGAUAUCGCGGGGCAUGAUUCCCCCGCCGUCUUAUCAAAUUAUAAGAAUACUUAGAGCAGGAGGAUUUGAAGCCUACUUAGUAGGUGGAUGUGUGAGGGAUUUGAUCCUGAAAAGAGUUCCGAAAGACUACGAUGUGAUCACUACGGCUAAUCUUAACCAGAUCAAGAAGCACUUCCAUCGUGCGCAAAUUGUCGGACGUCGAUUUCCUAUAUGUAUGGUGUCUAUUAAGGGCUCGGUCGUAGAGGUAUCUAGCUUUGAUACAGUGUCAAAAGACUGUGAUACAGACGAAGUUACCUUCUCGCAAAUGCCAAAAGGCUGUGAUAGGAAAGAUUUCAUCCGCUGGAGAAACAGCAUGCAUCGGGACUUCACUAUUAACAGUUUGUUCUUUGAUCCUUUAUCAAAUAAAAUCUAUGAUUAUGCAGAUGGAAUGAAGGAUUUGAAGUCCUUAAAGCUGCGUUCCUUAGUCCCAGCCAAGGUGUCAUUUAAAGAGGAUUGUGCAAGAAUCUUGCGUGGCUUACGAAUUGCUGCUCGUCUGAGAUUAUCAAUAUCAAAACAAACCGAGAAAGCAAUACAUAAGUUGUCUUCAUCCAUCUUAAAAUUGGCAACGAGUCGAAUUAUGAUGGAAAUGAACUAUAUGCUUUCUUAUGGAGCUGCUGAACAAUCUCUCGGUUUGCUCUGGAGAUUCAAUUUGCUCAGACUUAUACUUCCAAUUCAUGCAGCUUACUUGGAUCAGCAGAGUAUUAGGAAGAUCCCUCAAAAUUCCAUAAUGUUGAUGAAGCUGUUCUCGAAUUUGGAUAAAGUUGUCACAGUUGAUCGACCAUCUGACUGCAGCUUAUGGAUAGCUCUCUUGGCAUUUCACAUGGCACUGGCCAGUCACCCUCAAGACGCUCUUGUGGUAUACACCUUUGCUUCUAUCCUGUAUCAAGGGAAAUGCCAAAAGGGUCUUAAAUUUGCUCGAGACAAUGCUCAAGUGAUAGUUGACUAUUUACCGGAGAUCUCAAUUUCAUCUGCAUGUAAAUCUGAGAAACAGCUUAAAACAAAAGUUUCCCAAUUUGCUUCUCUUGUUUUAGAUUCUAUUGCUGCUCUUACUGCAACUGAAAGUCUUGUCGAAAGGAUGUCUAUGUAUCCUGAAUCUCCAUGCUCUGGGUUGGUAUUUGUACCAGACAGAACAGGCCAAAAUGUUGCUGAAAUUUUUAGAGUUCUGGCGGGUGACAUCGAAUCUUACAAUAAAGAAAGAAGAAGCUAUGAGAUUGAUUACGCUCUUCUUCAGAAAGGUUUUCUGCAUGAGACAAGUUUUGUGCUUGGAAAAAUUAUAUUAGAAACUAUGAGCAACGGAAUUUUGAAAGGAGAGGAAGUUAUUCAGGAGGAAGACUACCGACACCUGGAAAAAGGGAGCAUUAAGGAAAUUUGCCACAUGGGUAAAAAACGUAGCGUCAAACUCGACCUUCCUGAAUUAAAACUAGGGUUUGCUAAGAAACACAAGUUGAUUGAAAAGAAACGCGGACUUUUGGAGCAAGAGAUGGGUAUUGAGCAGCCAGAGGUUGUUGAACAAUUAUUUCCUCAGGCAGAAUUGAUUUCAGAUCUGAGACAUAGAGAAAAAAAGCAGAAGUUGGAAAUUGACGUCCAGAGUAAGCGAAAGAUGCACUCAAAGAUGGAGAAUAAGCAGCAGUGUGUACCAGCAGAUAAGGCAAUGAAGCUAAAACCAAAGACAGUUAAGAAGAACAACCUAAAUCAGCAGGAGACAGUUGACACGGAGAACAUAAUAGCAGACAUCAUUGAUAAGAUUCCGAAAGACUCACAAGUAAGAGACAAGGAGAAGAAGCAGCAGUGUGUACCAUCGGAUAAGGCAAUGAAGCUAGAACCGAAGACAAUUAAGAAGAACAACCUAAAUCAGCAGGAGACGUUUGACACGGAGAACAUACUAGCAGACAUCAUUGAUAAGAUUCCGAAAGACUCACAAGUAAGAGACAAGGAGAAUGGCAGUCUAUCGAGUCUAUUUAGUGGUGAGAAGAUACAGAAACUCACAGAAGAUACAGACAAGAGGGAGAAAAGCAGUCAACCUCGGCUAUCUAGUCUCUUCAGGUAAAACAUAGUAUCGCAACUGACAGGAAGGCAUGUUUAGGUCUGUAGAAGCCGAGCGACAUAUGUAUCCUCAUACCCCAAGUUUUGCUCAUUGUAACAUUCAUUGUUCAGGUUUAGCACUUUGUGGAACCGGCUUAGGUAAUGUGUUUGAUUUAGAGGGCAUCAUGGAAUAGUUUGUAUUACAAGUUUUGUAUCUGUAACAUGAUUGCUGGCGCUGAAAUAUGAAGGUCGUCUUUUGGAA